AUGGCUGAGACUGCGACAGCAUCCGCGCCCGGGCUUGAGCCUGCACCCUCAAACCCUGAUCUCAUCUGCCCCAUCAACCCCGACGACAUCCAGAACCGAUGGUUGAAUGCAUACGUACCUCUUCCGGGACAGGAAGUCAAAAACUACCCUACAAAUGUCAGUAAACUUAUCUUUCGGACGCUGAAGUCGUACGCGUCUAUGGCGACACGAGGGCGCUCGCCUCCAUUCAUACACCCUACGCAUCUCUCAUUAUCGCCUAUCUCGACCUGUUUUACCCUGCUACGAAUAUUCAAAGAUCCAUUACCUGAGAGGGAGAAUGUUGUUGUGGAGAUACUUCAAAGAGAAAUGACACGACUGCACGAAGGACACACUGCAUGCAGCGCGAUGGACCUCUUCAGUGUAUUUCAGGCAUAUCUCGUCUACACUAUGGUUUUGUUCUUCCAGGUCGCACCCGCACCAAUGCAAUUCAUUCGCCAGGCCAUGAUCAACCUUCAAGAAAUCGCGUGCGCCACUUCCCGACAGGGCCUCGCCUGUAAGUCAGAGCGGAUGUGGGCCCAUACUCCAUCGUCUGAAGCAUGGCAUUUCGUUGAGGCAAAGCGACGGACUCUGUACACCAUGUACUUUCUUGAUAACGUACUAUCUGCCGAAGAUGGCCUUUCGACGUACAUCGGCCACGAGCUGAAGGGCUUAUAUGCACCUGCAAGCAAGGAGCUAUGGCAAGCCAAGUGCGACGAUUGGGAAGCAACAUACAUGUCUCAUUAUCUUGUGUGGGGAACAGAUAUGUUCCGACUGGAUGAAUUGUGGCCAGUAUCUUCUAAUGAAGGAGGGUAUCGUAUCGAGAAAAGACAGGAGAGGACAGAUCAGUGGCUGGAGGGCGUUGACGAGUUCGGGAUGAUGCUAUAUGCUGUAACAGUCUGUACAUAUGGGAGCUGA